UCAGACUCGCAGAUUGGAGUGCCGCGAUGUCGUUUGCCGCAAUGAGAACGCUGAUGGAAUUACAGUCAAACUAAAGAAAGAAAGAACCAUGUCCGAAGUACGAAAGUUCACAAAGAGGUUGAGCAAACCUGGGACGGCUGCGGAGCUCAGACAAAGUGUGUCGGAGGCGGUGAGGACGUCCAUUGCUGUGGAGCAGCCGAAGAUCAUCGAGCCGCUGGACUAUGAGAAUGUGGUGUUCCAGAGGAAAGCUCAAAUCCACAGUGAUCCACAGAGAGACCUGCUGCUGUGGCCAGCUGAUGAUGUAUCAGAGGCACAGAUUGAACGUCAAAGGAGAACCAUUGUUCCUUCAGUUCCUCAAAAUGCAGAGAGUGAAGCAAAAAGCCUGUUCGCCAAAGAGUGCAUUAAGAUGUACAACACCAACUGGCACGUCAUCAACUAUAAUUACGAGGCCUACUCUGGAGAUUUCCGGACGCUGCCCUGUAAAGGGAUGAAGACGGAAAAGCUUCCCAGCCAAGUGUUUGAGGUGGAUGAGGGGGAGGAGGAUUCGUCAUCUCUUUGCUCUCAGAGAGGAGGAGUAAUGAAGCAGGGCUGGCUGCAGAAGGCCAACAUCAACAGCAGUCUGUCUGUCUCUAUGAAGGUGUUCAAGAGGAGGUAUUUCUACCUGUCUCAACUCCCUGAUGGCUCCUACAUACUGAAUUCAUACAAAGAUGAGAAAAACUACAAAGAAUCAAAAGGCUCCAUCUAUCUGGACUCCUGUAUAGAUGUAGUUCCGUGCUCUAAGAUGCGGCGCAAUUGUUUUGAGCUGAAGAUGCAAGACCGUUGCAUCAGUCACUAUCUGGCGGCCGACAGUGAGGCCGAGAUGGAGGAUUGGGUGAACACGCUGAAACAGGCCUUACUAGGCACGAUGGAGGACAAGAGGAACGGAUCAGAACCUUCUGAAAGUUCUCUGGAUGAUGACAGCAGUAGCCAGGGGAAACCAGAGAACGUUGCGGAGAGCUUUGGCCGGAGUCUUCAUCCAGAGCUAAUGAAGUAUGCCAGAGAAACUGAUCAGCUGAAUAAAAUGAGCAGGAAUGAGGGCCGACAGAAGAUCUUCACCCUCGAUCCUGAGAUGCAGAGAUUAGAUUUCUCAGGCAUCGAGCCUGACGUGAAGCCGUUUGAAGAGCGAUUUGGACGAAGAAUCAUGGUUAGCUGUCAUGACUUGACCUUUAGCCUGCAAGGAUGCAUCAAUGAGAAGAAUGAUGGCGUCCUAACUAACGUAGAGCCGUUCUUCAUCACCCUAGCGUUGUUUGAUCUGUCCAAAGGCUGUAAGAUCUCUGCAGACUUCCAUGUUGACCUCAAUCCACCCUGCGUGAGGGAAAUGCUUCAAGAAGGCUCUCCUGGUGUGCCAACAGAACCAGGAGGAGGAGACGGAAAUGAAACAGUCAGAGUAAACGGACAGGGCCUACCAGUUCUCCAGAGGGUUGCAGAGUCUCUCUUACGCUUCCCCACUCAGGGUAUUUUCUCCGUUACAAACCCUCACACAGACAUCUUCCUGCUGGCACGGGUGGAAAAGGUUUUACAGAACGGCAUUACCCAUUGCGCUGAGCCCUACAUGAAGACCUCUGACAUCAGCAAGACAGUACAGAAAGUCCUGAAGACUGCCAAGCAGACGUGCCAACGGCUGGGCCAGUACCGGAUGCCCUUCGCUUGGGCUGCUAAGCAGGUGUUCAAAGAUUCCCAAGGCAGUUUAGACAUGGAUGGGAAGUUCUCUCCACUCUACCGCCAAGACAGUAGCAAGAUAUCCACAGAAGACCUCAUCAAACUGUUGACGGAUCUCAAAAAACCAGAGAAGAACAAACUUCAGAUAAUCCCUGGACAAAUUAACAUCACUGUUGAGUGUGUACCUCCAGACUUGUCAAACUCGGUCACAUCGUCUUAUAUUCCUGUGAAGCCAUUUGAGGAACAGUGUGAGAGGGCGUCUGUGGAAGUGGAGGAGUUUGUUCCAGAAGAGGCUAAAUACAACCACCCAUUCACCAUCUACAAGAACCAUCUCUACAUCUAUCCUCAGCAGCUCAAAUACGAUAAUCAGAAGACAUUUGCCAAGGCUCGAAACAUUGCAGUGUGUGUUCAGUUCAAGGAUUCUGAUGAGGAGGGAGCUGGUCCGUUGAAGUGUAUCUACGGCAAGCCAGGGGAUCCACUUUUCACCACCAGUGCUUUUGCUGCAGUUUUGCAUCACAAUCAGUGUCCAGAGUUUUAUGAUGAGAUUAAAAUCGAGCUUCCUGUUCAUAUCCACGAGAAGCAUCACAUUCUCUUUACUUUCUACCACAUAAGCUGUGAGCUUGGCAACAAAACCACCACCAAGAAGCGAGAGGGAGUGGAAACACUGGUGGGUUAUUCCUGGACUCCUUUACUGAAGGAUGGCAGAAUACAGUCCUCAGAGCUACAACUUCCUGUGUCUGCUAAUCUACCACCUGGUUACAUGUUUGACAAAAGCCAAGACUCAAAGAAGGCUUGCCCGGACAUCAAAUGGGUGGAAAAUGCCAAACCAUUAUUCAAAGUGCGAGCGUAUGUAGCAUCAACAAUUUACACUCAGGAUUUGCACCUCCACAAUUUCUUCCAGUAUUGCCAGCUGAUGAGGUCAGCAUCACAGGGCAACCCCGCUGAACUUGUCAAAUAUCUAAAGUGCCUACAUGCGGUAGAGACUCAGGUCAUCAUCAAGUUCCUCCCUACAGUGCUCGUUCAGCUCUUUGAAGUCCUCACUAUGGCAAGCAAAGAGGGUCAAGAUAUUGCUGUCAACACCACACGUGUAAUCAUUCACAUAGUGUCUCAGUGUCACGAGGAGGAUCUGGAGCAGUACCUACGCACUUUUUUGAAGUACGUGUUUCGGAUCCACAACACAACUUCAGAAAACUCUGUGACGACACAUGAAGUUUUGGCUACAGCAGUGACUGCCAUCCUCAAACAAACUGCAGACUCAAACACCUGCAACAAACUCCUCAAGUAUUCCUGGUUCUUCUUUGAGACCAUGGCCAAGUCAAUGGCACAGUACCUCCAGGACGGCAACAGAAUGAAAAUGCCGCGAGCACAGAGGUUUCCAGAGUCAUUCCACCAAGCACUGCAGUCUCUGCUGUUGUCAAUCAUGCCUCACAUCACUAUCCGCUAUGUGGAGAUUUCAGAGGAGGCCCGCUGCGUCAACUUCAGCCUGGCCUGCUUCAUUAAGCGCUGCCUAACAUUUAUGAACAGAGGAUUUGCUUUCAGUUUGAUAAAUGACUACAUGUGUGGAUUCAGCCUGAAAGAUCCAAAGGUGCUUACAGAGAUGAAGUUCGAGUUUCUCAUGACGGUGUGCAAUCACGAGCACUACAUUCCUCUUAACCUGCCCAUGGCGUUCGGCCGAACCAAGUUGCAGCGAGUCCAGGAUUUAAUUUCGUAUGCAGCGGAGUAUUUUGGCGUCGUAGAUCAGAGUUUGGAGUACAGCCUGACUGAGGACUACUGCAAAAACCAUUUCCUGGUGGGUCUGCUUCUGCGAGAGGUGGCCGAUGGACUCCAAGGCUGUCCAGAGAUCAGACAGCUGGCUGUGGCCGCACUCAAGAACCUCAUGAUCAAACAUGCCAUGGACGACAGAUACAAUGCUUAUAAGAACCAACAGGCCCGCAUCUGUCUGCUGUACCUGCCACUGUUUGAACUGCUGUACCAGAACCUGAGUCAGAUGAACAGCCCAAGGCAACUCUGUAGAAAUGACCUCGGCAUGAUGUACCGGGAUGAUUUGUCACUGGACAGCCGCAGGAGCAGCACUAUCGUUGAUAAGGAACCUACCGGUGUCGCUGCCCAGAAUGGACAUGUUAGGAAAGGGGAGUCCAGAGGCUCUAUAUAUGGAGAUCCUGGCACUCCAGACAUCAAUGAGUUACACAGGCGUGGCUCCACUAUGAGCACUGGACCCGCCGCUGGCCGUUUGGGGCAGUAUGAGGUCAGAGGGCUGCUUCUGUGUUACCUGCACAUUGUAAGAACUUUGUCAGAUGAUACUCUGAUGGCAUACUGGUCUAAAGUCAAUCCACAAGACGUCAUGAACUUCCUCAGUCUGCUCGAGAUCUGCAUAGUCCAGUUCCGCUAUAUGGGAAAGCGAAACAUCAGUCGGAGUCAGGAACCGUGGGUGUCGAAACUCUUUACCCCUGACAGGAAGUCUCAGACCAUGCCGGUUCUGCGUAGCCGAGGAAGUCUUAUGCAAGCAAAGCUGCAGCAGUUCAGCACUAUGGACACCUCAUUCACUCUGAACAUGGUUGGAGGUCCCACAGAAGCAGAGACCAACCACCAGUCUUUGCUUGAGGGGAAUAUGUCGACAGAAGCCUGCCUUACCGUGCUGGAUGUCCUCUCACUCUUCACUCAGAGCUUUAAGAAUCAGCUGCUGGACAGCGAUGGUCACAAUGCUCUGAUGACGAAGGUCUUUGACACAUACCUCACUUUACUGAAAGUCGGACAAUCAGAAGCAGCAAUCAAACACAUCUUUGCCUCUCUGCGAGCCUUUAUCAUCAAGUUCCAGGUUCCCCUUUUCAAGGGCCGCGUAACGCUGUGCGGUUCGCUGUGUUACGAAGUCUUGAAGUGCUGUAUGUCUAAAUUAAGUGUCCUACGUGGGGAGGCAUCUGCCCUUCUUUACCUGCUCAUGAAGAACAAUUUUGAGUACACCAAGAGGAAAAGCUUCCUGCGCAUGCACUUACAGAUCAUCAUCGCUGUGAGCCAGCUUAUUGCUGAUGUGGCAGUAACCGGCAGCUCACGUUUCCAGGAGUCACUGUCCAUCAUCAACAACUUUGCCAACAGUGAUAAAGUCAUGAAGACCACAACGUUUCCAUCUGAAGUGAAGGGUUUGACGAUGAGAAUUCGUACGGUUUUGAUGGCCACCGCUCAGAUGCGUGAGCACGAAAAAGACCCAGAAAUGCUGCUUGACCUGCAGUACAGUCUCGCCAAAUCAUACGCCAGCACCCCGGAGCUCAGGCGGACCUGGCUGGACAGCAUGGCACGAGCACACAGUAAGAAUGGGGACUUUUCUGAGGCUGCUAUGUGUAAUGUUCAUGUUGCUGCAUUGGUGGCAGAGUAUUUGCACAGGAAAAAGUUGUUCCCGAGUGGACUGGCAGCUUUUAAGAGAAUCACCCAGAACAUUGAUGAAGAAGGAGCUAUGAAAGAAGAUGUAGGGAUGCAAGAUGUGUACUACACUGAGGAUGUCCUGGUUGAGCAGUUGGAGGUGUGUGUUGAGAGUCUGUUAAAAGCUGAGAGGUUUGAACUCAUAACACACAUAGCGAGACUCAUCAUUCCUGUUUACGAGAAACGGCAUGAGUUUGAGAAACUGAGGAGAUUGUAUGACACACUGCAGCGAGCUUACACCAAAAUAUUAGAGGUGAUGCAGUCUGGUCGACGUCUGCUCGGGACUUACUUUAGAGUCGCCUUUUAUGGACAGGGCUUCUUUGAAGAAGAGGAUGGAAAAGAAUACAUCUACAAAGAGCCAAAGCUCACAAAGCUUCCCGAAAUUUCCCAUCGUCUUAUAGGCCUCUACGGAGAAAAGUUUGGAGCAGAGAAUGUCAAAAUCAUUCAGGACUCCAACAAAGUUAACCAGAAAGAACUGGACCCAAAGUUGGCCUACAUUCAGGUCACGUAUGUCAAGCCUUACUUUGAUGAGAAAGAACUGGUGGAGAGGAAGACAGACUUUGAGAAAUGCCACAACAUUCAGCGCUUUGUUUUUGAGACUCCAUUCACACUAACAGGAAAGAAACAAGGAGGGGUUGAGGAACAGUGCAAGCGGCGGACGAUACUUACCACAGCCAACACAUUUCCCUAUGUAAAGAAGCGCAUCGAGGUAGUGGCAGAGAAGCACUUGGAGCUUAAACCGAUUGAUGUGGCAAUAGAUGAGAUGAAAGAGAAGAGUACUGAACUCGCUAAGCUCUGCUCUAAUCAGGAGGUUAACAUGAUCACGCUUCAACUCAAACUCCAAGGCUGUGUUAGUGUGCAGGUGAACGCUGGACCGAUGGCCUAUGCCCGAGCUUUCCUGGAUGAAUCCAAAUCAGGUCAAUCCAAUAAGAAAGUCAAGGAGCUCAAAGAAAUAUUCAGGCAAUUUGUCAAUGCAUGCAGUAUGGCUCUGGACAUUAAUGAGAGACUCAUUAAGGAGGAUCAGUAUGAGUAUCAUGAGGGACUAAAGGCUAACUUCAAAAGCAUGGUUAAAGAACUUUCUGAGAUCAUCCACGAGCCGAUCUUCCAGGAGGAUAUGAUGCGUUCCCUGCUGCAGAACUCUAUUCAUGUGUUCCGUGCUAUCAGUGGAACCUCCUCUGACCUGAGCUAGAACCUGAUGCUUGUUCCUGAUUGUUCUGGACUAUCAGCUCUCCAGUCACAACUGAAUGUACAAAUCCCUUCAGGAAACAAGAACGUUAGCAUCUUUUCCAUGUUUUACUUGAUGUGGACAGCUAGUUUGUGUACACAUGAAGACAAAAUUGAGCCUAUGUACUUUUUGAAUGCACAUUCCUGCUCAUAUCGUGUUUGCAUCGACGUUCCUUCUAGGCUCACAUUACCAAGAGUUUUUUUCUUUUUUCAACCUUUACCCUCUGAUUAUUAUGGAAGCUUAUUUCCACCACAGAAGAAAAACAUUAUGCUUUGGACAAUCAUAAUUAGGACAUAAAGGUCAUAAUUAUGACACAAAAAGUUGAAAUUGACAAAGAAUCAUAACAAUGACAUACUAAGUCAUAAUCACUCAAUAAAAAAGUCAAAAUCAUGACAUACCCAUUAUGACCCCCUAGAAACUUUUGCGUUCCCCCGCGAAACUCGUUCAAAAACGGAAUUCGCUCGCAAAAGCAUUGACAUAUAAUAUUUUCUCCCAUCUCGUUUUUUAUUUUUCCAUCACCAUGUCCCUUUAGGUGCUCCGUAAUUAUGAGACAUCAGUCAUUAUGAGAUUAAAAAAAAGUCCCAUAAUCUCAUAAUUAUAGUAUGUCAUAAAUUAGUUUUUUUGCAUAAUAAUGACUUAUUAAUUAUGACAUAAUUAUUCAACCAUCUCUAUAUGACAACUUUUCAUGAUCCAAUCAGUUAUCGAUGGAUAAAAUCCAUCCAAUGGAUAUCAAAGGAUAAAGCCCAGUUUUCUUUUCUUUUUUUUUUUUUAUCUCAUGUUCUUGGAAAUAUGUCACAUCACAUUUAAGUAAAAUGUUGUACCGAUGCCAUUGCGUUUUGACUGUAAAUUUUCUCUGUGUUGGUUAAUCUAUGUUUUGCAUCUCAGCCAAACUGUCCAUUUAAAUUGCAGGGAUGCCACUGGAAACAAAACGCGCAGUGUAGAUCACCCAGCACACCAAAGAUCAAAUGGACAGUUUAUAUUUUAUGCUUACAUUUCCAUAUCAUAUGGCUUUUACAUUGACAGUUUUAUUUUCUGAAAAUGUCAGGUGACCUUAAAAUCUAAAGCUGAAUCUUGUAUAAAAAAAAGAAAAAGAAAAAAACCAUAAACAUGAUGACAAUAGAGCGCAAUGCCCACAUUUUCAGUGGCUUUGGUUCUGGAAGUAUUUUUGCCAUUCAUUUUCUUCAUUCAUCUUCAGGAAAAAUUAUUCAGUUAUAAGAUACAAACCCAACCAACUAGCUUCAAGGUGAAUCAAAUCAUUACAAACGUGUGUGUGUGUGUGUGUAUAUAUAUAUAUAUAUUGGAAGGUACUUCUUUUAUUUAUUUUUUUUUUGGUACAAAAACAAUGGUACAAUGAAUUUUAUUUAAUUAUUGAUACAAUAAUUGAAUUAUUGAUUAAACAAAAUUAUGACCUUAAAAUCCGUAAGACUUUCGUUCAUCUUCGGAACACAAAUUAGGAUCUUUCUGAUGAAAUCUGAGUUUUCUGUCCCUCCACAGACAGCUACACAACUGAAACUUUGACGCUUCGAAAAGUUCAUAAAGAGAUAGUAAAACUAAUCCAUAUGAAUUGAGUGGUUUAGUCCAAAUUUUCUGAAGAGAAUCAAUCACUUUAUAUGAUGAACAGAUUUAAUUUAGGCUUUUACUCACAUAUAAACCUUGAUCAGUGAACAUAAACAGAAGCUCAAGCGAACCUGAAUGACGUGCGAGAGCAAACCUCUUCUGGAAGCUUAAUACACGAGUCUACGAGAUACACGAGAAUGAACCUCAUUGGUUCUCACAGGCAUCAAGCAAACUGAUGUUUGAGUUGAUCAAUGGGUUAUAUGUGAAUAAAAGCCUAAAUUCAAUCUGUUCAUCAUAUAAAGCGAUCAAUUCUCUUAAGAAAAUUUGGAAUAAACCGCUCAAUUCAGAUGGAUUUUUUUUUUUUAUGAUCUCUUUAUGAACUUUUUGAAGCGUCAAAAAGACAGAAAUCUCUCAGAUUUCAUCAAAAAGAUUUCAUUUGUGUUCUGAAGAACAAAAGUCUUAUGUGUUUGGAACAACAUGAGGGUGAGUAAUUAAUGACAAAGUGUUAAUUUUUGGAUUAACUAACCCUUUAUCUGACCUUUUUGUUUGUCUAUUUUCAUUACUACACAUCAGUGCAGUGGUUACUGACUGGCAGCGAGUUUGUAAAAUGAACUAAGAUCAUUGUGCAUCAUUUCUGUCAUGAAAUGAAAUAGAAGCCAUCUGGAGUUAAAAUUAUAUUAUAUAUGCAAAUAUUUUUUAAAAUGAAUGCAUACCCCAGAUGGUAGAGAACAGCUGACUUUAUGGGCAGGAAUGAUAUGCAGAAUGUAACAGAAUUGAUAUCCAGUUUAGGCAGACUUGAUUCCCAUUGUAGACGUGUUUUUAUUUUUUGUGGGGGCUGGUCCUUAGUUCCUGCCCGCUGAUAUAGCCAGAACAGCCUAUCGAGGGCUAAUUUAUUCACAGAAAUGCUGUUAAUACUUCUCAGACCUUGCUGCACUGAAUAUGCAAAUUGCAAACAGAGGAUAUGUAGAUUUAUAUAGGAAAUUGUCCAUUUGUUGUAAAUGCAUAUAUAUGUGUGUGUGUGUGUGCGCCCGUGUAUGAAAAACAUACAGUAUUGGCAGAGCAGUAUUUGCAAGCAGUUCUUUAAAAUGUUUACAAUUACUAGUUUAGUAAUAAAGCCAUCUCUGAUCAACAAUGGACAAUUAAUUUGCUAGAGAAUAGCGUGAGACAAGCUGCCAUUUCUGAAGAUGUUUCAUUAUUUCCUUCAAAUUAUGUCAGCAUAUAAUGUAUGAAUGUUUUUUUUUUUCUCUGUGGUCUGUAGUUCAUAAGAUAAAUAUUUCUUAAAAAAAUGUCUUUGAUGAUGUUUAUUCUGAGCUCUUUUGAGCUCUGUUUUCCCAUAACAGUGCUGUUUCAUUUUCCAAACAAACACACAAACUGGGUAACCACAAAAUACAUGAUAGAUAAAAUAUGUGACCCUUGUCUGUAUAACAGGUUUCAGACCCCAUUUGGUCCCUAAUUCCACAGAGAACUUGAUAACCUUUGCAUUGGAAAAAAUAAACAUGUAAUUUAUUGCA